AAGCGGCGCGAACGUGAUAGGGCUGCUCUGCAUCACGUGGCCGUCACUGGGCCUGGGAAGACGGAAGUGGUGCGCGGACAGGGCCAAGCAGCGAGGUGGGGGGUGGAGCUUGUGGAAGCCAGCCGUUUUCCGUGACCAGCCGGCCAUCGGGGCCCAAUCGGUGUUCGGGUACCGCCGUGUGAACGCCGCCGUAGCCCCGGGACCAGACGCGCCGGAGCGGCCGCUGGGCAUGGAAGCGGAGAACGCGAGCAGCUACUCCCUUCAGCAAGCCCAAGCUUUUUAUCCAUUUCCCUUUCAACACGUGAUGACAGAGGCCCCUGCUUUGCCAGUUAUGAAUGAACAGCAAAUGCCAGCAGAAGGUGCAGUCCCAGCUCCCGCUCAGGAACCUGUGCCAGAUGCUCGAAGAGGAAGGAAGAGAAGAACUCGAGCUACAGAGCCAACAAAGCCAACAGAGCCAACAGAACCAGCAGAACCCAAAAAGCCUGCCGAGUCAAAAAAAUCUGGCAAGUCUGCCAAAUCAAAGGAAAAGCAAGAAAAAAUUACAGACGCAUUUAAAGUGAAAAGAAAAGUAGACCGUUUCAAUGGGGUUUCAGAAGCCGAGCUUUUGACCAAAACACUCCCUGAUAUUUUGACCUUCAACCUGGACAUUGUGAUUAUUGGCAUAAACCCAGGACUAAUGGCUGCUUACAAAGGACAUCAUUACCCUGGACCUGGAAACCAUUUUUGGAAGUGUCUGUUUAUGUCAGGCCUGAGUGAGGUGCAGCUGAAUCACAUGGACGAUCACACGUUGCCCGGGAAGUACGGCAUUGGAUUCACCAACAUGGUGGAGAGGACGACGCCAGGCAGCAAGGACCUUUCCAGUAAAGAAUUUCGUGAAGGAGGACGUAUUCUAGUACAGAAAUUACAAAAAUACCAGCCACGAAUAGCAGUGUUUAAUGGAAAAUGUAUUUAUGAAAUUUUUAGUAGAGAAGUUUUUGGAGUAAAGGUUAAGAACUUGGAAUUUGGGCUCCAACCCCACAAGAUUCCAGACACAGAAACUCUCUGCUACGUCAUGCCAUCAUCCAGUGCGAGGUGUGCUCAGUUUCCUCGGGCCCAGGACAAGGUUCAUUACUACAUUAAGCUGAAGGACUUAAGGGAUCAGUUGAAAGGCAUUGAACGAAACACAGAUGUUCAGGAGGUGCAGUAUACAUUCGACCUACAGCUGGCCCAAGAGGAUGCAAAGAAAAUGGCUGUUAAAGAAGAAGAAUACGAUCCUGGUUAUGAAGCAGCCUAUGGCGGUGCUUACAGUGAGAACCCGUGUGGCAGUGAACCUGGCAGCUUCCCGUGCAGUGGGGCAGCUGCUGACAGUGCAGAGUUAAGAGAAUCAACUUUCAGUGACAUUCCAAAUGGGCAGUGGAUGGCCCAGCCGUUUAACAAUCAUUGUGGAACGCAAGAGCAGGAGGAAAGAAACCAAGUUUAAGAGUGGUGCUUCUCAGCUCUGCCCACAUGGUGCUGUUUUAAUGCAGUUGUCAAGAUAUGGAACCUCGGUGUGCUAACCUGAAGUAUUUUAGCAGUAUUUUACUUUAGUGGUGUCUUUAGUAUAGAACAGUUGUGUGGGAGAUUCAACUGUAUAAACCAAGUAAUUUGGAAGGAAAAGUAGGGGGUUUUAUAUGUGCUUUUAUGUUGGAAUUAACCAUCGUUCCAACUUUUUAUAUACUACAUUUCAUGUAUGAAGAAAUUGAUUUGGGAAAUUUUGAUCUUUAAUUUUAAAAUACAGCAGUCUGAAUAUUUAUAGUUGAUUCUUAACUGUGCAUAAACCUAGAUAGACCAUCACUCCUUUUAUGCCUAAGGAGGGUGUGUUAAUAGAAAGGAUCAUCACAGGUAAGGAGGCAGCGACGUUGAUUUUCAUAUAUGAAGUUGGCCCUUGGUGGAGUCCCAUUUGUUAGUUUUUGGUGGCACCUGUAGGUCACCCUAGGGCUCCUUCGGUUGCUCUCAGCUCACACCUCUGCGUCCUGAGGGUGUUCAGAGAGUCACUGCUUAGGAAUCUGGAGUGUGGCCUUGCUGUAGCCUUCCCACCAGGGCGGAGCGCAGGCCUUGGCCUCCUUGCCGCUGGUGCUAAUCCUCCAGGAGGCAGAACAUCUUCUGUUGGAAUGGGAGGUUCUAGAGAAUGCAGCAGAACUUUUAUAUUAUGUGACUCAACUCUGUUUUACUUGAGAGAUAAAUUUGAUGGGGGUGGGGGGACAAUUUCUCCUUUAGUAUUUAUCGCCAUUCUAGUUUUAGCCUUCUUGAUUUUAACGUUAGUGGCACGAAAAAGUAGUAAGAAAUGAACUUUCAGGCUGAGCAAGAUUACUGGAGGGGUUCUAUAAUCUUUUCCUAAACCGGUGCUUUCUGUACAUGAGAUGUACUGAGAGAAAUAAUGUAGAACUUCCUUGGCAGGGAAAUCCAGGCAGCCCAUAACUUCAAAGCUUCUUUCUCUGCGUCACUGUCAUUGUGGAGUCAGGGGAGCUCCUGGGAGGGUUGGAUGCAUUCCCACGGUGCUACAGUAAUGCGGACUGCGGAUCUGGAAGCCAUCCCCACCUGUCAAGGAGUAUGCCCAUUUUCAAUAUGAAUAUUUAUGCGGGUCCUCCUUCCCCCGAGAGGUUGUAUAUCGUCUUCUCUUUAUAACAAGAGAAACAAAUUCUGAAUCUUGAUGAGCUUUGUAGCUUUGGUAAUGGUGGGUUUCCUUUCUCCUCAAGUCUAGGCCAAGCUGUGUGUAAGUCAUUCGUGUUAUUUAAAUGAUGUACUGUAUUGCUGUUUACAUGGACAUUUUCUGCGGGUGCUCUGAAGUGCCUUGCAUCAGGGAUUAGGAGCAAUGGAAUUAUUUUUUCAUGGGACUAUUUAAAGCACGUAACUAGGCAUUGCUGUAGAAAAUACCUAUUGUAGAUUUACAAUAGACCUUUUUUUUAAUUUGACUGCAGAAAAUACCCCUUAAAUUAUUACAGGUGCCCACUAGAGAAUGGGUUUUCCAAGCAUACAAUAAUGGUGUUUUUCAUUGAACCUGACAGAUGCAUAGUACGUAUUGCUAUAUCCUAUAUGUGACAGUAUAAGACUUUUUCAUUAAAUAAUGCUGAAAGGUUUUUAAAUUCAUUUGAAAGUCUGAUGGUAUUUACAAUAAAAAAAAUCUUGAGA